CCUCACAUUCCCAAAGUGCUGGGAUUACAGGCAUGAGCCACCAUGCCUGGCCAAGUUUGGCAGCUUUUUCAGUAUUCAUUGCCACUAAUUCAGUGUUUUGUUAGAUCUGUGGAUGUAUGGUUUUAUAACUAAAGUUAAAAAGAUUUAGGUAUAGUUUAUAAGUAUUACUCAUUUUAAGAGGAUUUAAGAGGAUAAGAUCAUUUUAGACUCAAGAGCAGAAUAUUAGUAAUAAUAAUUAGCUUUUAAAAUAAACUUAUAUACCAAUAUAAAGUAAAGCACAAGGCAAACAAAUAUCUGGGCCUGUAUUAACAGAUGGUAUUCAAGGAUAUGGUUAGAAUUUCCAAAAUGCCUAAUAAUGUGUAAUUCUUGGCAUUAAGCUGCCAAUUUGUAUAUAGCCUUUAAUCUGAAAUGCUGUAUAAUCACAGACUUUAUUCUGAUCCAAGGCCCUUGAGCUUUCCAAAAGGUCCACAAAACAGACAGAUAUUGUAUUUUUUCACUUGUUUGUAUUGGUGGCACCCUUUUGAGUGUGAUUUUUGGCAUUACAUGUAGAGGUUGAAAGAGUCAAGGCAACACUAAACACAUCAGCAUUCACCACAUGCAAGCUGUCCAGCAGAAGGACAGUGCCUCCCAGAACCUAGAAAGCAUCCAGAGUCAGUGCACCCAUCCCUUGGUGGCCCUGUAGUGCUGCAUCUCCAGAUGAUGGGAUUUGCAAACUUCCCUGCUGGUGCCCUCUUGGGUGCUCAUGAGGCCUGCUCUGGUACCAUGACUCUAGCAGCAGGUCCAUUCAAUCCCAGUAAAAAUACAUGUUUUAUGUUGAUCAGAAUUUGGCAGGACACGUGAAAAGUUAAUGACAUCCGGGCCGAGAACCCCUGUGAUGUACACUAGUCACAUCCAGUCCAAUUUGGAGUUUUUAUGUGCUGUUUUUGGCAGACCUAAGUGAAGAUCUUGUUACUUAGCCAUUCCUGACGUAUUGAAGAUACCCAGGUUUUUGUCAUUAUACGAUAGGCUAGAAAGUAGCCAGGGUCUCAUAACCAAGGCUUUCUCUGCAACAUGUAAUGACAGUGCUAGUUAUUGGACCAAAGAUACCCAAUUCUUUAAUCUGCCUGGAAUUUAUCCUUGGUGUGAAGGGCAGCGUCAUCCGCUGGUCAGGAGCCUGAUCCCUGGAGCCGGGCAGACCUGGGCUGAGCCCAUCUCCCCGCUUCCAGCUGUGGGCAAGGUGCUUGACAUCUCCGAGCAUCUGUGGGGUUUUUUGUUUUGUUUUGUUUUGUUUUAACCUGAAGAAUUGCAAUAAUCUGUUUUCUCAGUCCAGUCAUUGUGCAGAUGUAGUACAAUAAUGAAGGUAACAUGGCACAUAGGAAGAGCUCAUGUCAGCUCUUACUCUUCAUGGCUAGAAGAUGUGGACUUUGUGACCUAACACCAUUUAUGAAAUAAAUUCCUUUUCCUCUUACCUGAUUUUUAUUGAAUUAUUUGGUGCCAUUGGGUUCCUUAUUGUUUCCCUCUGACCUAGAUUUCUGGGUCUGUGCCAGUAACACGGUUGUGAUUGUUGUUACUUUAUAACAUUGUAUGUGGUCAGUCCAAACAAGAGUUAAAAAGAUUUGAAUGAAAUGGAUUUUAAACGGUGGUCCCCCCACCCUCCCCCCGUGGCCAAAGGAAGGGGAAAAAUUCUCUGUUGAAGUAAAUGAAUCGGGGAAGAGGCUCAGACCCUGCCUCUGAAAAUUCUCAUUGGGGGAGGCUAAGUCCCCUCACUCUGAACUCACACCUGCCAGUUCGCAGCCUGACCUCACAUCCUGGUCUGGGUGUGCGGCCUGACCGGGUGUCGCGCGUCCGUGUGGUUGUCCUGUGGGUGCCAGCUCUGUUUCUCCCCAGACACCUACUGCCUCAGCCUUAGUCACAGCACGCGCACUGAGUAGAAAUGAGACCAGUUAGUAUUGGUAACUGCAGAGGAAUCUGCAUUUUCACCAGCGUUCUCCGGACAGAGGGUUUGCCUGACACCGGCGCACGGGGAAACUCGCUAGAAGCAGUGCAGGUUGGGGACGCCCCAGGCCGCGGUAGAGUCGCGCGCUGCUUCUAAAGUGGAGGAGAGCAGGCCUGCGCCCUCUCCCUGCCCACAGGGCUGGGGCUGCGCUUCCAGGUGAAGAAAGACCUCGGCGGGCCGCGCGCGGCCUUCGCCCUGCGAGCUUGGCUCAGGAAAGCGGCGGCGGCUUUGGGCCGGGCUUGGCCUCGGGGACACCGAGGGCUCCUCGGUGCGGGCGCGCGCGGCCAGGAAGGGGUUAAGGCGCAGGCGGCGGCGGGGCGGGGGUGGGCCUGGCGGGCGCCCUCUCCGGGCCCUUUGUUAACAGGCGCGUCCCGGCGAGGCGGAGGCGGAGACGCGGCCGCGGCCAUGGGCGAGCGUGGGCGCGCAGGGCGGCGGUGAGGGCGGCCUGGCGGGGCCGGGGGCGCCCGGGGAGGGGCGCGCGGGCCAAGCCUGGCCUGAGCCGGGCCCGCGGACCGGGCUGGGAGAGGGGCGCCGGCCCCCGACGUCGCCGGCGCGGGAAAAUGUUGGAGAUCUGCCUGAAGCUGGUGGGCUGCAAAUCCAAGAAGGGGCUGUCCUCGUCCUCCAGCUGUUACCUGGAAGAAGCCCUUCAGAGGCCAGUAGCCUCGGACUUUGAGCCUCAGGGUCUGAGUGAAGCCGCUCGUUGGAACUCCAAGGAAAACCUUCUCGCUGGACCCAGUGAAAAUGACCCCAACCUUUUUGUUGCACUGUAUGAUUUUGUGGCCAGUGGAGAUAACACUCUAAGCAUAACUAAAGGUGAAAAGCUCCGGGUCUUAGGCUAUAAUCACAAUGGGGAAUGGUGUGAAGCCCAAACCAAAAAUGGCCAAGGCUGGGUCCCAAGCAACUACAUCACGCCAGUCAACAGCCUGGAGAAGCACUCCUGGUACCACGGACCUGUGUCCCGCAAUGCCGCUGAGUAUCUGCUGAGCAGUGGGAUCAAUGGCAGCUUCUUGGUGCGGGAAAGUGAGAGCAGUCCUGGCCAGAGGUCCAUCUCGCUGAGAUAUGAAGGGAGGGUGUACCAUUACAGGAUCAACACUGCUUCUGAUGGCAAGCUCUACGUCUCCUCCGAGAGCCGCUUCAACACCCUGGCGGAGUUGGUUCAUCAUCACUCAACGGUGGCCGACGGGCUCAUCACCACGCUCCAUUAUCCAGCCCCCAAGCGCAACAAGCCUACUGUCUACGGUGUGUCCCCCAACUAUGACAAGUGGGAGAUGGAGCGCACCGACAUCACCAUGAAGCACAAGCUGGGCGGGGGCCAGUACGGGGAGGUGUACGAGGGCGUGUGGAAGAAGUACAGCCUGACAGUGGCCGUGAAGACCUUGAAGGAGGACACCAUGGAGGUGGAAGAGUUCUUAAAAGAAGCUGCAGUCAUGAAAGAGAUCAAACACCCUAACCUGGUCCAGCUCCUUGGGGUCUGUACUCGGGAGCCCCCGUUCUAUAUCAUCACUGAGUUUAUGACCUACGGGAACCUGCUGGACUACCUGAGGGAGUGCAACCGGCAGGAGGUGAACGCCGUGGUGCUGCUGUACAUGGCCACUCAGAUCUCGUCAGCCAUGGAGUACCUGGAGAAGAAGAACUUCAUCCACAGAGAUCUUGCUGCCCGAAACUGCCUGGUAGGGGAGAACCACUUGGUGAAGGUGGCUGAUUUUGGCCUGAGCAGGUUGAUGACAGGGGACACCUACACUGCCCAUGCCGGAGCCAAAUUCCCAAUCAAAUGGACUGCGCCUGAGAGCCUGGCCUACAACAAGUUCUCCAUCAAGUCUGAUGUCUGGGCAUUUGGUGUAUUGCUUUGGGAAAUUGCUACCUAUGGCAUGUCCCCUUACCCGGGAAUUGACCUGUCCCAGGUGUAUGAGCUGCUGGAGAAGGAUUACCGCAUGGAGCGCCCGGAAGGCUGCCCAGAGAAGGUCUACGAACUCAUGCGAGCAUGUUGGCAGUGGAAUCCCUCUGACCGGCCGUCCUUUGCUGAAAUCCACCAAGCCUUUGAAACAAUGUUCCAGGAAUCCAGUAUCUCUGAUGAAGUGGAAAAGGAGCUGGGGAAGCAAGGCGUCCGUGGGGCCGCAAGCACCUUGCUGCAGGCCCCAGAGCUGCCCACCAAGACGAGGACCUCUAGGAGAGCUGCGGAGCACAGAGACACUGCCGACGUGCCUGAGGCGCCUCACUCCAAGGGCCAGGGAGAGAGCGAUCCUUUGGACCACGAGCUUGCCGUGUCUCCAUUGCUCCCUCGAAAAGAGCGAGGUCCCCCAGAGGGUGGCCUGAAUGAAGAUGAGCGCCUUCUCCCCAAAGACAAAAAGACCAACUUGUUCAGCGCCUUGAUCAAGAAGAAGAAGAAGACAGCCCCAACGCCCCCUAAACGCAGCAGCUCCUUCCGGGAGAUGGACGGCCAGCCGGAGCGCAGAGGGGCCGGCGAGGAAGAGGGCCGGGACAUCAGCAACGGGGCGCUGGCUCUCACCCCCUUGGACACAGCUGACUCAGCCAAGUCCCCAAAGCCUAGCAAUGGGGCUGGGGUCCCCAAUGGCGCCCUCCGGGAGUCCGGGGGCUCAGGCUUCCGCUCUCCCCACCUGUGGAAGAAGUCCAGCACGCUGACCAGCAGCCGUCUAGCCCCUGGCGAGGAGGAGGGUGGCAGCAGCUCCAGCAAGCGCUUCCUGCGCUCCUGCUCCGCCUCCUGCGUGCCCCACGGAGCCAAGGACACGGAGUGGAGGUCAGUCACGCUGCCUCGGGACUUGCAGUCCACCGGAAGACAGUUUGACUCGUCCACAUUUGGAGGGCACAAAAGUGAGAAGCCGGCUCUGCCUCGGAAGAGGGCAGGGGAGAACAGGCCUGACCAGGUGACCCGAGGCACAGUGACACCCCCACCCAGGCUGGUGAAAAAGAAUGAGGAAGCUGCUGAUGAGGUCUUCAGAGACAUCAUGGAGUCCAGCCCGGGCUCCAGCCCACCCAGCCUGACUCCAAAACUCCUCCGUCGGCAGGCCGUGAUGGCCCCUGCCUCGGGCCUCCCCCACAAGGAAGAAGCUGGGAAGGGCAGCGCCUUAGGGACCCCUGCUGUAGCUGAGCCAGUGCCCCCCACCAGCAAAGCAGGCUCAGGCACACCAGCAGGCACCAGCAAGGGUCCCACCGAAGAGUCCAGAGUGAGGAGGCACAAGCACUCCUCUGAGUCACCAGGCAGGGACAAGGGGAAAUUGUCCAGGCUCAAACCUGCCCCACCGCCCCCACCAGCAGCCUCUGUAGGGAAGGCUGGAGGAAAGCCCUCGCAGAGCCCGAGCCAGGAGGCGGCGGGGGAGGCAGGCCCAGGAGCAAAGACAAAGGCCGCAAGUCUGGCUGAUGCUGUGAACAGUGACACUGCCAAGCCCAGCCAGCUGGGAGAGGGCUUCAAAAAGCCGGUACUCCCAGCCACUCCAAAGCCACAGUCUGCCAAGCCAUUGGGGACCCCCGUCAGCCCAGCCCCCGUUCCCUCCACAUUGCCAUCAGCAUCCUCAGCCCUGGCUGGGGACCAGCCAUCUUCCACUGCCUUCAUCCCUCUCAUAUCAACCCGAGUGUCUCUUCGGAAAACCCGCCAACCUCCAGAGCGGAUUGCCAGCGGCGCCAUCACCAAGAGCGUGGUCCUGGACAGCACCGAGGCACUGUGCCUCGCCAUCUCUAGGAACUCCGAGCAGAUGGCCAGCCACAGCGCGGUCCUGGAGGCCGGCAAAAACCUCUACACGUUCUGCGUGAGCUACGUGGAUUCCAUCCAGCAAAUGAGGAACAAGUUUGCCUUCCGAGAGGCCAUCAACAAACUGGAGAAUAAUCUCCGGGAGCUUCAGAUCUGCCCGGCGACAGCAGGCAGUGGUCCGGCGGCCACUCAGGACUUCAGCAAGCUCCUCAGUUCGGUGAAGGAAAUCAGCGACAUAGUGCAGAGGUAGCAGCAGCCAGGUAUUUGGUGUCAGGCCCACUGGAGCUGCCUGCGGGUGUACCCGUACCUGUGACAGUGGCUGACAAGGGACCAGUGAGUCGGCACCUUGGCCCCGGAGCUCUGCGCCAGGCAGAGCCGAGGACCCGGUGGAGUCCAGCUCUACUACCUACGUUUGCACCGCCUGCCCUCCUGCACCUUCCUCCUCCCUGCCCGGGCACCCUGCUCCGUCUCUGUCCUCGAGUUUUAUCUGUGGAGUUCCCACUCCGUGGACUGCAGUUGGCAUGCUGGGGCCCGCCAGCCUCACUCCCGCUGAGCGCUCCGGACGGCGCUCCAGGCCAGGUGGGAACGGCUGAUUCGGAGUGUCCGUUUCGUCCUCUCUCUGGAGCCCCUCUUCCCCUGGCUGGGCCUUUUCCUUCCACUUCUCCAAGAAUGGAAGCCUGACUGAGGCCUGUGCGUCAGGCCCUCUGCCUGCACUCCCUGGCCUUGCCCCUCCUGUGCUGAAGACGCGCUUCAAGAACCACAUUUCGUGAAGAGCACGCACAGCCAUGCACACGGCCGGUCACCCUGCCCUCUGCUGCUGCCCGUGGCGGGGUGCGCUCAACACUUCCUCACGUGCAGGACGGCUGUUGAUUUUGGUGGAAAACAGGGUGCUAAAGCCAACCAGCCUUUUGGGUCCUGGGCAGGUGGGAGCUGAAAAGGAUCGAGGCAUGGGCCAUGUCCUUUUCAUCUGUCCUCUCCACGACCCUUACACCCUAGCUCUUGCUCUCUUGUGAAGUGCACUGUGAAUCCUGGCAAGAAAGCUUGAGUCUCAAGGGUCCAGGUCACUGUCACUGCCCACAUCCCUCCCCCAGCAGAAGGGAGGCAGUGGCUGGUUGGGUGAACAGCUGGUGCCAAAUAGCCCCAGACUGGGCCCAGGCAGGUCUGCAGGGGCCCGGAGUGAACCUUCCUUUCACACAUCUGGCUGCCCUGAAAGGGCCAAUCCCCUCCUUGCUCCUGUAAGAUAAAGGAGAUUUUUACAAGGCCCAUUCCUUUGGAACAAGACAGUCUUCACUUUUCUGAGUUCUUGAAGCAUUUCAAAGCCUUGCCUCUGUGUAGCCACUCUGAGAACAGAGCUGCCACCGGGCACUUGCACACACACAGGAGGAAAGGCCCUGACCAGUCCCGGCUGCACUCCUGAACUGGGCGAAUAUCUUAUUUAAUUACCAUGAGUGACAUAGCCUCAUGUUCUGUGGGGGUCAUCAGGGAGUGUUAGGAAAACCACAAAUGAAGCCCCUGAAAGCAUCGAGUGUUUCACAGAGCACACCUGGCGUCUUGUCCCCGAGGCUGCCCCAGGCUGGAGCCCAGGUGUGGGGGCUGUGACUCUGGGCAGGGACCUGGGGUCUCCUGGACCUUGACAGAGCAGCUAACUCCAAGAGCAGUGGGCAGGUGGCUGCCCCCUGGUCUCCACGCUGGGAGAGCCAGGAGGAGCCACCUUCCCGCCCCCGUGCCACCAGCCUCACACGGGCCCUAGCUUUAUGCUCAUCACCUAAACUUGGACUUUAUUUUUCUGGUAGAAAUGGUUUUUUCUGGAUCGUUUUAUGCGGUUCUUACAGCACAUCACCUCUUUGCCCCCAACGGCUGUGACCCAGCCCGAGGGAGGCAUUAGUCACCGACAGCGGCCUUGAAGACAAAGCAAAGCACCCGCCCAGGUCCCCUGACCGCCUGUUUCCAUGAGGUACUGGUCCCUUUUUGUUAACGUGAUGUGCCACUGUAUUGUACCCAUAUCUCUCGGUAUGCAUCUUUUAUAGACUCUCUUUUAUCAGUGGCGCGUGCACAGCGCCCACCCUGCUCCCUUGGACGUCUGCGGUGGCUCCCCUGCGUCUCUGGGUCUAGUGCAUUUUGUUUCUGUGUAUGAUUCUCUGUGUUUUUUUUGAAUCCAAAUCUCUCCUCUGUAGUAUUUUUUAAAUAAAUCAGUGUUUACAACAUUAGAA